UAGAGGCUUAAUAAUUAUUAAAAUUUUGACUUAAAAUGAAGAAGAAAAGCACAAAGAAAUCUGUUCAGAAGCCCAUCCUUGUUCCUGAUGAUACAAAUUCCCAAGAAGAGAAGAUAAAAACCCUGGCUGCUACCGGGAUGAAUACUGAUGCUCAAAUUGAGAGUAAGAACAUUGAACAGUCUUCUUCCAAGCCAGAGACGAAAGACAAGAAAGCCAAAGAGGAUAAGAAAAAACAUGGUGAAGAGCGUGAGAAAUAGAUUCUUAAAAAGAUUCAUAUCCUUGUCAACGAAUUCAGAGGAAUAUAACCAGAGAGCAGAGAUAGCCAAAGAAUUUAAAGAAUAUUUCAAGAAAAAAAUUUCUUGUUGAAAAGUAGAAUUCUUCGGAUCUUUCACUUAUGGAGGCUAUAUUAAUCGUGCAUUAGCUAAAUAAAUUUGAUGUCCCAUGCAGCGAUAUCGAUAUAAACCUCACAUUUUUGAGAAAGAGGGACGCAAAGCUAUCACAGAAAUCAGAUGAAGAGACUUUAUCUGAUGACCUCGAAAAUCAAUAUGAGAUAGUAAAGGAAUUAUUAAUUAGAUCGGAAAUAUAUGAAGACGUUCUAUUGAUUAAAUGAAAUAUGUCGGUGAUAAGGUGACUUCAUAUAGAAACAAAAAUUCCCAUUGAUAUCACCAUUGCCAAUGCUAGUGGAAAAGAAGGAAAGAAAAUUAUUAGAGAAAUAUUCAAAAAUUACUCUAAUUCCAGAGAACUUUCAAUGAUACUAAAAAUUUUACUUAUGAGAGCCAACCUCUAAACAAAACUGUGGAUGGAGGAUUAUGAAGUUUUACACUUAUAGCUGGAUUCAUAUGGUCAUUUUACUUACUGAAGAACAGUAAUUUAAUCCAAUUCAAGGAGGUUUCCGUUAAUGCAGAUGGCUAUCUAGUUUACCUUCCUCUUUCUAAAAUCAAUAAAGAAAUAAAUCGAGCAUAUGAUAAAUUUGUGACUCAAUGAUAUUGAUACAAUUCUCAUAAAGAAAAAUGAACUAACUCUUUGACUUGAGAACUUGCCCAGUUUUGAUCACUUUAUGGUUUCAAAUUCAAUUUUAAUCAGCUUGCACUGAAUCCAAAAUAAUGAAGCAAUCUUCGAAGCUAGGAUCCCUGGAAUGAAAAUUCCAUUUGGCCAUAUUGUAAAUCCCCUACCGAGUGGAACCGGAGGUCGUAGAAAUCUGUUGCAAAAUGUGAAAAAGAUGGACAAAGUCAUAAUAUGAUUUCAAGAAAUAUACAAAAGCAUCAUUUAUUCUAGGAAAAGAAGAGGGGAGCACAAAUAAUGCUUUGAAAGAAUUAUUGAGAGUGUAUGAAUCUGAAACUAGGACAUUUAUAAAAUCUAAAGAUAAAGUACUUUUUGACAAAAAGAAAAGACAGCAAAGAAAGAGAAAACCAGAGGCUAUUAUCAAACAAGAUGUUUCAAGAAGUAAAAUAAAUAGUUCCUCCAGAGUUGGACUAAAAAUUUGCUCAGAAGAUAAAAUAAAGAAAUUGUCUAAAUCUAAAAGAGAGAGUUCAUUGAAGGAUCAGUCAAAAAGCAUUUCUAAAUCAAAGAUUUCCAAUACCCUGGGCAAAAGACCAAAAGGUGAUAUCAAGAAUGAACCAAAAAGAGACUUAAAGAGCGAUCCAAAGAAUCAGACAAAGGGUGUCCAAGACAGCAAAUCAAAGAUAGAGUCAAAGAGUGAGAAAAGUAAAAUCUCUCAUAAUCCUCAAAAAUAUGCUUCCGAAAUUAGGACAAAAAGUGAACCUAAAAAUAAGCUCGAAAUUGUUCCUGAAAGUAUGCCAGAAAGUUCCUCUAAGGUCAAGAUCCAGAUCCAGACCUUCUCUGGAGGAAAGUCAAAGAAGGAGCCUAAAGAUAAACCAAAGAAAGCACCUAUAGGAAUGGCAAAGAUGAGAUCUAAAAGCAGGGCAAAGAGGGCACCUGUAAAGAAAACACCUAAACGCAAGCCAAAGAAUGAACUUAAAAGAAAACCAACAGACACUUUCCAAUGGGCAUCUAAGAGUGACUCAGAGCCAAGAAGGGCAGAUCCUAUAAUGACAAGAUCCAUGACUCGCAAAAAGAGGGAAGCCCAAAAGUAA